AGAGGCGCUAGGACCGCGCGGCCACCUGGUCGCUGCCCCCGUCAAACCAGUUCAAGGCGGCUGGAGGGCGCGCGAGGCCUUCCUCCCCCUGCACGCGUGUCAGCGGCUUCACCUUCGCCGCUGCGGACGUCUCCGCCGCGCCAGGCCCAUGUCUGACACCCCGCGCGCGCUUCUGCUCUUCUCCUCGCUCAGCCGACGUCCGGCCUCACCCGGCCGAGAUAAAAACAAAAGGCCAGAUUCGGACUCGCUUCCCCUCCCCCGGUUCUCCGUCACAGCAAAGAUGGAGUGCGCUUGGAAGCCAGACGAGCAGGGACUCCAGCAGAUUUUACAGCUGCUCAAAGAGUCCCAGUCGCCGGAUACAUCCACGCAAAGAUCCGUCCAGCAAAGACUGGAGCAGUUGAAUCAGUUUCCCGACUUUAACAACUACUUAAUAUUCGUUCUGACCAAGCUCAAAUCAGAAGACGAGCCCACACGUUCCCUGAGCGGCCUGAUACUGAAGAACAACGUGAAAGCUCACUAUCAGAAUUUCCCUCCCGGCGUGUCAGAUUUCAUCAAGAGCGAGUGCCUCCAAAACAUCGGAGACUCCUCGCCGCUCAUCCGUGCCACCGUGGGUAUUCUGAUCACCACGAUUGCGUCCAAGGGUGAGCUGCAAAACUGGCCCGAGCUGUUGCCCAAACUGUGCCAGCUGCUGGAUUCAGAAGACUACAACACGUGUGAGGGGGCCUUCGGAGCCCUGCAGAAGAUUUGCGAGGACUCCGCCAAGGUUUUGGACAGCGACACGCUGGAUCGUCCCCUCAACAUCAUGAUCCCCAAGUUCUUGCAGUUCUUCAAGCACAGCAGCCCCAAGAUCAGGUCUCAUGCCAUCGCCUGCGUGAACCAGUUCAUCAUCUGCAGGACGCAGGCCCUCAUGCUGCACAUCGACGCGUUCAUCGAGAACCUGUUUGCGCUGGCCACCGACGAGGAGCCCGAAGUACGCAAGAACGUGUGCCGAGCGCUUGUCAUGCUGCUGGAGGUCCGCCUGGACCGACUGCUGCCACACAUGCACAACAUCGUCGAGUACAUGCUCCAGAGGACCCAAGACCAGGACGAAAAUGUGGCGUUGGAGGCCUGCGAGUUCUGGCUGACGUUGGCCGAGCAGCCGGUGUGCAAGGAGGUGUUGUGCGGCCACCUCUCCAAGCUCACGCCGGUGCUCGUCAACGGGAUGAAGUACUCCGAGAUCGACAUCAUCAUGCUCAAGGGCGACAUCGAGGAGGACGAGGCCGUCCCCGACAACGAGCAGGACAUCCGCCCUCGCUUCCACCGCUCCCGCACGGUCGCCCAGCAGCACGAAGCCGACGGCAUCGAGGACCAGGACGAUGACGACGACCUGGACGACGAUGACGACGCCAUAUCGGAUUGGAACUUGCGUAAAUGCUCAGCGGCGGCGCUGGACGUCCUGGCCAACGUGUUCCGGGACGACCUGCUGCUGCACAUUCUACCGCUUCUGAAAGAACUGCUCUUUCAUCCCGAGUGGGUCGUCAAGGAGUCGGGCAUCCUCGUGCUGGGAGCCAUAGCCGAAGGCUGCAUGCAGGGAAUGAUCCCGUACCUCCCCGAGCUGAUUCCGCACCUGGUCGAGUGUCUGUCGGACAAGAAGGCGCUGGUCCGUUCCAUCACCUGCUGGACGCUGAGCCGCUACGCCCACUGGGUGGUCAGCCAGCCCCCCGACAUCUAUCUGAAGCCCCUCAUGACCGAACUUCUCAAGCGCAUUCUGGACAGCAACAAGCGCGUGCAGGAGGCCGCUUGCAGCGCCUUCGCCACUUUGGAGGAGGAGGCGUGCACAGAACUGGUGCCCUACCUGGCGUUCAUCUUGGACACGCUGGUUUUUGCCUUCAACAAGUACCAGCACAAGAACCUUCUCAUCCUUUACGACGCCAUCGGGACCCUCGCCGACUCGGUCGGACACCAUCUGAACAAACCGGAGUACAUCCAGAUGUUGAUGCCUCCCCUGAUCCAGAAGUGGAACCAGCUCAAGGAUGAGGACAAAGACCUCUUCCCCCUGUUAGAGUGUCUGUCCUCCGUGGCGACGGCCCUGCAGAGCGGCUUCCUGCCGUACUGCGAGCCCGUCUACCAGAGAUGCGUCAACCUGGUCCAGAAGACCCUCGCUCAGGCCAUGCUGUACCAGUCCCAACCAGAGCAGUACGAAGCGCCCGACAAGGACUUCAUGAUCGUGGCUUUGGAUCUCCUCAGCGGCCUGGCCGAGGGUUUGGGAGGCACCAUUGAGCAACUGGUCGCCCGCAGCAACAUCCUCACCCUCAUGUAUCAGUGCAUGCAGGACAAAAUGCCUGAGGUGCGUCAGAGUUCCUUCGCGCUGCUGGGGGAUCUAACAAAGGCGUGUUUCCAGCAUGUCAAACCGUGCAUCGCUGACUUUAUGCCCAUACUGGGUACUAAUUUAAACCCCGAAUUUAUAUCCGUGUGCAACAAUGCAACGUGGGCAAUAGGAGAGAUAGCCAUACAAAUGGGGCCCGAAAUGCAGCCGUACGUUGCCGUGGUGCUGCACCAGUUGGUGGAGAUUAUUAACAGGCCCAAUACGCCAAAGACUCUUCUGGAAAACACAGCAAUAACAAUUGGUCGUCUUGGUUACGUUUGUCCUCAAGAGGUGGCACCCAUGCUACAGCAGUUUAUAAGACCCUGGUGCACCUCCCUGCGGAAUAUAAGAGACAAUGAGGAGAAAGACUCUGCUUUCCGAGGAAUUUGCACCAUGAUCAGCGUCAACCCAGGGGGCGUCGUACAGGAUUUUAUCUUCUUCUGCGACGCGGUGGCGUCCUGGGUCAACCCCAAGGAAGAUCUGCGAGACAUGUUCUACAAGAUCCUCCACGGCUUUAAGAACCAGGUGGGCGAGGAGAACUGGAGGCGCUUUUCUGACCAGUUCCCCAUGCCGCUAAAAGAGCGCCUGGCGACCUUCUACGGGGUGUAAAAGUGGCGGGAGGGGGGUAGGGGGGGGCGGGCGGGGUUUCAGUUUUCUCGCCCGUCGCCACUCACGAAUAUUCUUGUGAGGUGAGCACGAUCCGCCUUUGGUGACUUUUUCUGUGUCCACGCUGGACUUCGAUGUCAGGAGACGGCAUAGGGAACCCCUUUUUACCCAGGGGACACCGCGCCCUUUAGCAGGGGAGGGGAGGGGAGGGGGGAGGGUGCGCCGGGGCCCUUUUCCCCCCUCAACUGGAGGAACGGGGCGGGGAGGGUGGCGCCGCUCCCCGCGCGGGGACCGGGGAGGACCGAGGGGAGCGACCGACCGCAAACAAUCACGGGAGCACAAAAUAACCAAAAGUCAGAAUCAUGACGUCAUUGUUUUUCCUUUUGAGGUUCCGCAAAUUCUGACGUCUUUCCUAGCUGUAGCCCAUCAAGCCGAACUCGGACCCAAGUGGUCCGGAAGGAGUGUCCGAGCGAGACCGGACGAAAGGAAGAUCCUUUGAAAGGGAUCCGUUUUUUUCCCCCAGUGCUUGACCAAUAGGAAAUGACCAGAACGCGACCAGAAUAAAGGCAGAAUUUUACGAGAAUCAAGUCGGAUUUUAUGUGAAUAGUUUUAAGUGAUUUUACAACUCAUAAUGCUGCCGAAAAGUUUCAAUUUUACGUAAAGUUGUACUUUUGUGAAAAUGCAGUUGGAAUUUUAUGAUCAUAAAAUUCUUCUUAAAUAAAAUAAUUUAAAGAAUCGUCAUUUUAUAUGAAUUGUCGUAUUUUUAGGAAAGUCCUUUUGUGAGAGUAAAGUUGCACUUCUUGAAAAAUUACAAAUUUUGCAAACAAGUGAAAGUUGAAUGAAGUUGUGAACUGUAGGAAAAUAGUUGGUUUUACACAAAUGAAGCCACAAUUUUACAUCAAAUGAAAGAAUGACGCUAUAAUUUCACACAAAAAUUAUUAAAAUCUAGUCAUACUUGUAAUAACCGUAAAGUAAACCAGUUCUACAAGGAUAAAAGAUUAAUUCAGUCAAAGUAAAAUAUGAAAUCAUUUCAUCAGUUCACAACAGUCAAGUCAAUUUUACAUGAAAGAUGUAAUUAAGCCAUAAAUUCGAUAAUUAAGCCAUAACCAAUUAGGUCAUUUAACAAAUGUAAAAUCAAUUUUAUCUGAAAUUAAAGCUGUAAUUAUACAAAAAAUGUGCAAAUAUUAAGCCUUCGUUUUACAAUAAUGAAUUUCAUAAUUAAUAAUUUCUGUGUCUGAAUUUCAGACGAAUAUAAAAAAAAUACAGCUGUUGUAACCGUGAGAACCAACUAGGAAUAUUACAAAUUUGUGCAAAAUUAUUCAGACACUGACUAUUAUGAUUCUUGCGAUAUUUGUUUCGAAAAGUGCCAUUUUUUUUUUCUCGUAACAUUGUGACUUUUUUUGUCGCAAUAUUCUGAUUUCAAUGUUUCAGACGAGCGCAAUGAGUUUGGAGAAUGGUGUAAAAAAAAAAAAAAUUAUGAAUAAUAAUGAUAAUGUCACCGUGACUUCCCCCUCCCACUUCUUUCUUGGUGUUGUCGAGUCUUGUGCAUGACGUCGAGGGCGGGGCCGUUUUGUUCUCGUCUCGUGCACGUCGGUGGCCCCUCGCCUUUAGCCCGGAAUUAACGGGGGGUGGGGGGGGGGGUCCUUAGGAAAACGUCGUUUUGCUGGAGUGUGCGUGUGUCUCCCCCCCCCCCCCCCUUUCCCUUUAGCCUCAACUUUGGAAAUACUGUGAAACUCAAUGUGUUUGAAACAGCCUGAAUGUAUUCCGUAGUGAUUUGGAAUCAACAAUUGUUGGUGUUUUGUUUACUUGUUUAUUUGUUCCCCCUCCCUCUGCUGGCCAGAGUAAAAAUUGCAGUAUUUUAACCCAGAAAAAUCGGGAGUUUCUGAGUAGUGAUGCUGCGAUAAAUGGGCAAUUUUAAGCCCCCAUCCCCCCCCAAAAACUUCAUUUUUAUGGCCAGAAAAAGAAAUGCAGUGGAACCUCUAAAGUCCAAUCCAGGACGAUGUUCGGAUUAGAUUUCUUCCCCCCGUUUUUACACCGUCAGCGUCAUAAAUGCUUUAGUAACUUUGUUUACAUUCUUAACUUUCAUCCGAGCGUACAAGUGUAGAAAUACUUAGUUUGGAUCAUUUGGGAUAAAAAAUGUAUUGUAUGACCAUUUGACUGUUAGCUGAGAUGUUUUUAGGUGUCACAUGCAAACGUGGGGAAAAAAAAGUUGCAACUUUUUGGCCAAACUCUUGCAAAUAAUCGUGGUCCCAACGUUUUUUUUUAAGGUAUGACAAUUGGCGGCACGGUGGUAAAGCGUUGGCCUCACAGUACUGAGGUCGCGGGUUCAAUCCCGGACCCGCCUGUGUGGAUUUUGCAUGUUCUCCCCCGUGCCUGUGUGGGGUUUUUUUCGGGUGGGCACUCCAAUUUCCUCCCACAUCCCAAAAAUAUGCAACAUUAAUUGGAGAGUCCAAAUUGCCCCGAGGUGUGAUUGUGAGUGCAGCCGUUUGUCUCUAUGUGCCCUGCGAUUGGCUGGCGACCAGUUCAGGGCGUACCCCGCCUCCUGCCUGCUGGCAGCUGAGAUAGGCUCCAGCACUCCCCGCGACCCUCGUGAGGAUAAGCAGCCAAGAAAAUGGAUAGAUGUAUUUCAGUGCAACUUUUCAAUGUUAACAAUUCAACUGUGUACAAUUCGCUGUCUGAAAUUCAACUGUCUCCAAUUAGCCAAACAGCCAGCCAAUUAGAGUUACGCUUUCUAGUGUGUGACGUCACGUGACUAAGAAUGCGUAACUGCGAUUGGCUGGGCCGCUCGGUUCUGACCAGGUAGCACGGCGGGCGCGUUGGAUUUCCGCGGUUCUUUGCGGCCCGCGGCAGAAUCUGCAGAGGCCGGUCGUCGCGUGUAUGUCACAUUCCGGGCGUUGCGUGUGUGCUAGCUUUACUACUUGAAUAUGUUUUCUACGUGAUCCUCAGGUCGUCCGUUGUUUGCUGUUUUUCUGGUUGUUGUCGUUUUAGCCCCGCCCACUCUCUGACCCCUCCCCCCGUGCGUAUUAAUCUGUAGACGUGUAAAAACGGUUGAGCGUAAUCUCCAUGACGAGCCGCAGCGUGGCCAAAUGUAUAAAGUUGGAACUUUACGAAACUCAAGUCAUAAUAUUAGGAAAAUAAAGCCCUAAUUUUUCAACAAUAGUCAUAAUUUUAUGAGAAUAAAGCCGUCAUUUUGCCAGCAUAAAGCCAUAAAUGUACGAGAAUAGUCGCCAAUUUAAAGGAAUGAAAAAUGUUUUGCAUCAAUGUACUCCCGUGGUUUAUAAGAAUAUAUUCAGCAUUUUACAAUAAAGUUGUCAUUUAAUGACAAAAAAAGUUAUUUUGCAACAAGUCAAGAGUGAUGAGAAUAAAAAUGUAAUUUCACGCUAACAGUUGUGAUUGAACAAAAUUUUAAUUUGUAAAUUUAGCAUAAAUUUAGGAUAUGAAAUGAAGUUGGAAAUUUACAAAACUCCUUUUGUUUUAAAAAGAAAAAUGGCUUUUUACGUGUACUUGACAUUUUAUGAGAAUAAAAGAAUUUUACCAUUAAUGUUUCUAGUUAUACUUUAAUGAGAUUAUGGUAAAGUUCUCAUUCAAUAAGGAUAAUGUUGUGAUUUUACCAGAAUAAACAAUAUCUUUUAGUAGAUUCAAAUAUUAUUUUCAUGACAGCAAUUAUUAUUUUUCAAUAAGUCACGAUGUUCUCAGAAUAAAUAUAAUUUUACCCAAUAAUAAGUUGUACCUGAACAAAAUUAAAAUUGGAAUUUUGCAAUUGUCCCGAUUUCAUAAAAUACAUGUUGUAACUAUUAAAAAAAAAGGAAUUGUAGUCAAAUUCAUUUCACAGAAAAAAUUCCAGAAUUCUACAUUAGACUAGUCAUAAUUUUAGGAAAAUUAGGCCCUAAUUUGAGAAUAACGGCAUCAUUUUACUUUAAUGAGGUUGUCAUAUAGUGAUGAUAAAGUUAUAGUUUUACAUGAUCACAGUCAUAUGUAACCAUCAUUUUACAAUAAUUCAAAUUUGAUGAAAUUUGAAUUUGGAACUUUACCAAAGUAGUCAUUAUUUCAAUAAAAAUAAAGGUGCAAUUUUACAAGAAUAAAGUUAUACUUCUAUUAGAAUGCUGUCAUAAUUCUAUAAUAAUUUAUUUUUUUUGGGGGGGGGGGCGCUUUUACCUUCCUUUGCACACAACUCAAAUUUGGAAUUUGCACGCAUUUUGUGGUCAAAGUGAUGCAACUAAAGUCAUAUUUAAUAGAGCAAAAACAAACGAAAAAAGAAGGCACCUUGACUUGUUCCAAAGCUUUACAAAUAUGAAUGUUUGUAUUUUCUGAAGCGCAACUGCCAUCUCGUCCAAGAGCGCUUUGGUCGAAAAUUUUCGGGCUCAAGGGCCCCCUUUUGUUUUUUAAAAUAGACCAAAAUGAACAAAAAGAGAUGAAUUUACCUGAAAAAUUCAAUGUUCUUUUAAAAGUUAAAUGUAAUAUUGGGAAACUAAUUGAAUAUUAUUUUAUUUACAACAAUGAAGAGAAAUUAAUGAAUACAUUUGAAUUGACCUCUUUUGUGAGGGGGAAUUACUAAAUGCAACAAAUAUGUGGGUCAUAUUUUGCUAACCCCUGAUUUAAAACAUAUGCCUUGGUUUAAUUUUUUUUCCCCCUGUACUGCUAAAUGUUUUAAUAUAAUUUAUACAUUUGAAUAUACCACUUCUUUAGGGGGAAAAACAAAGUUAAUACAACAAAUAUUACACGUACCAUGCUUUGCCCACCUGAUUUAGAUGGCUUUUUUUAUUAUUAAUAUUAAUAGUUGCUGAAAUCAGUAGUUGAUAAUAAUCAUUUUUGGGCCACCAACUAUUUUGAACCAUGCCGAGAAUAUACAUUGUACUGUUUUUGUAAUAUUUGUAUAAUGACAUAGUGGUGGGUUUGUGACUGGUUUACCAUUGCUUAAAUAUGUAUAUUGU